AUGCCGACGGUCUUUAGUACUCUACAAGUAUUUCAUCCCAGCACAAUCAGAAUCAAAGUCAAAGGUGAAAAAAACUUGGGUUUUUAUCGAAUAGAAGCCCCGCGAACACUUGAUCACUGUGUUAGCGUGGCCGGAGGCGGCGGGGGUGUCUCAGGUGCCGGAAGUGACGGCGUCUCAGAUUACCCGCCGAGCGCUGCGGCUGUUAGGAGCAGAGAAGCGGCCGCGGCGGCGCUGCACGCGGCAAGAACGCUGUUGGGCGCGGGGGUGGCUAACCCUUGCUCGUCCACCCCCGAGCCGUCGUUUUGGAAAAUGCCUCAUAAAGGAUCGUUGUGGUUCACAGAGGAUGACUUGAUGCAUGGAGGCGGACCAGGUCUUGGCGGGGGCAUGGUCAGUCAGAACUCAAUAUUUGGAUGCUCGUCAGCUGGACACAGUGGGGUCAAUCAACUCGGAGGUGUUUACGUUAAUGGAAGGCCACUUCCGGAUUCCACCAGACAAAAAAUUGUCGAACUAGCUCACAGCGGUGCAAGACCGUGUGACAUUUCACGCAUACUUCAAGUCAGUAAUGGCUGUGUCUCAAAAAUUCUUGGCAGAUAUUAUGAAACAGGAUCAAUAAAACCACGUGCAAUCGGUGGCAGUAAACCACGAGUAGCAACGACACCAGUUGUAAAUAAAAUUGCUGAUUAUAAACGUGAAUGUCCGUCAAUAUUUGCAUGGGAAAUACGUGAUCGGUUGUUACAAGAGGGAGUUUGUAAUAAUGAUAAUAUACCUAGUGUGUCCUCGAUCAACAGGGUGCUGAGAAAUCUAGCCUCCCAGAAAGAGCAACAGGCAGCAGCAGUUCAGGCCCAUCAGGGCGCCGAAAGUGUCUACGACAAGCUGAGAAUGUUCAACGGUCAGGCCACUGGUUGGCCGCCAGCCUGGUACUCAGCUACACCUUCCCAUCAUCCUCUGGCAACCGGGAUACCAACAACAGCUGCACCAGGAACUGGUCAAUCCUUAUUACCCGGUGGUCAAUUGCAUCCUCGUGAUGAUUCGCUUCUCAAACGUUCUGAUGCUGGGUCUUUGUUGUCACAUCAACAAGAAACAACGUCUGAUGGUAAUUCAGAUCAUAACUCAUCUGGGGAUGAAGAUUCACAGGUUCGGCUCAGGCUCAAACGUAAAUUGCAACGCAAUCGCACCUCUUUUUCCAAUGAUCAGAUCGAUGCGCUUGAAAAAGAAUUCGAGCGGACCCAUUACCCGGACGUAUUUGCACGAGAGCGUCUCGCCGAGAAGAUUGGAUUGCCUGAGGCACGUAUCCAGGUUUGGUUCAGCAAUAGACGGGCAAAGUGGCGCAGGGAAGAAAAAUUACGCAAUCAGCGGCGUGCUGCCGUUGAUCAGGUCGUCGGUGGAGGUGCUGGGGGAAUUUCUAGUGGAUCGGCACCACCUGCUGCUACGCCGGCUACUCCUAGGAUACCGUUGAAUGCUGGGUUCAAUGCCAUGUACUCGUCCAUUCCCCAGCCUAUCGCUACUAUGCCUGAUACUUAUAGUUCAAUGACUAGUAGUUUGGGCGGAUCAAUGGGUGGCAGUUGUCUGCAACAGCGAGCCGAAGGAUACCCUGCGUACGUAUUUCACGAGCCGCUGCACUCUUUAACCCAGUCUUAUUCUCAUCACACGAGUGCGGCGCAUUCGCAACCCCAUCGCGGCAUACCGACCUCCCACGGUGGAACACCGAGCACAUCGGGGGGUCAACCGACCGGUCCAGGAGGGGCACCAUACCAACCUACCACUUCAACUGCCACUGGAGUAAUAUCAGCAGGUGUAUCAGUACCAGUUCAAAUACCAUCCCAGCCACCGGAUCUAACAAGUAACUACUGGCCACGACUUCAGUGAUCCCAGCUUUUCGGGUUCCCGCCCGCGAGCCUUCUCGUCGGGCAGGAGAGCCCGCCUCCACAAGCGCCAACACCUGGUUCUCUUACACGGCCACUUCUCGCUUCUCUGGGUUUGCCCACGCAUCAGCUGCCCUCGCCACCUGUCGUCCACCACCAGCAUCACCACCAUCAUCAGCAAGC